AUGUAUUAUUCCCUGUUCAAGGAUUUGAAGAUCUCAGAGACCGACCUCCAUCCCUCCAAAGUCCCCCUCGUCGGGUUCAAUGGGGCUCUGGUAUGGCCCCUCGGCAUGAUCACUCUUCCCGUCCGUGCCGGAUCGGUGGUCCUUGACAUAGAGUUUGUGGUGUUCGAUGUCCCUAGCCCUUACAACGCAAUUAUCGGGCACACUUGGCUCCAUAAGCUGAAGGCUAUCACCUCAACUUAUCACCAGGUGGUCCGCUUCAUUGGCACUAAUGGAUACCAAGAGGACUUGUAUGGAGAUCAAACCGCGGCCAAAAGAUACAUCGGUAGACCGGCCAACGAGAAAGCAGUGGAAGAUCUUGUCGCCGUUCCCAUCACCGAAGAUGGUUCCCGUUUCUUCCUUGUCGGUUCCUCACUUAGUGACACCGAACAAAACAAGAUGGUUGACUUCCUCAACAAGAACAUAGAACGCCCAGUUGUGCAAAGAGCAAGGCGAUUCUCCCUGGUCCACUUCGAAGCUGUCAUUAAAGAGGUCAAUCGGGUCCUAAAUGCGAAGGCCAUCCGAGAAGUGCAAUACCCCAUAUGGUUAGCAAACACAGUGGUGGUCAAGAAGAAGAAUGGCAAGUGUCAGGUCUGCGUCGAUUAUUCCAAUCUCAACCACGCCUGCCCAGAGGACUUUUUCCCCCUUUCGCAGAUUGACCAGCUCGUCGACACCACGCCUACCAGGGCUACCAUCAAAUUUCCAUGA